AAUGGUGAAGGGUUGGUCCUUCACGGUGAAACUGAGGAUCAUCUGGUCCAUCAAAAAAGACAAUGUUGCCAUCUUCCAUCAUCCACCACACAUCCUUGCCACAUAUCAUAAAGUCAGCAAUCCUUUUGAGGUGAGAUGUGAACAAGACUGACCGAUUGGAAAUCAGCUCUGACGAAAACAUUGUACGUGGCCUUGGUGGAAGCAGUCUAGCUUGUUUGCUGAUGGAGGAAUCCUGGAUGGCGAAGGAAUUCUGUUUGUAAACUAACUGUUGCUGGGUUGUUAUGCGCAUUAUAGCAUUGUCAACAAUAUGACCUGCCUGUCUGUUUGUUGUACUUUCAGACACUCUUCUAAGAUCUCCAAAACAUCUUUCCUCCUGCUCUGUAACAACAGACUUCAAAUUGAAUAGGCGGUAAGUUUCAGAAGCAUGGGCGGUCAAACUAUGGAAAUGGCUCCCAAAGAAUUUCCUUGUCGUCAUCUUUGUUGGGAUUCCAAAAACAAUUCUGCUCAUGAUUCCAAAUUUGAAACAUUGGUUAUGGAGUCUAAGGAUGGAUUUAGGAGUUCUGGACUCAAAUGGACUAUAACAGAUGUGGACAAUAUCUAUCAUGGCGGUAAAAUGCUGGAACUGCUUUUGGACUACUGGGUCUUUAAUGUGGUUUGGCAGCUCAGUGAUAACAUUUUGGACAAGAUUGGUUAUGUCGUGAAGAGGUUCACAUCCAAGGACUUCAUACUGACCAAUAUUAAGCUCUGAGGAAGAUUUCUUUGGAUGUGAAAGCAUGAGUGCUGGAGGCCGAACUAUGCCAUGCAAAAGAGAGAAAGAAGUCAACAGAUUGAAGGGGAUACAGCAGAGGUUAUAUUUACAUUUCCCUGGAAUUGUAAGAAAGUUUACAGCAAUUGGCUUGCACCUGAAAGAAGAAUUGAAACAUGUCCAGAAGAAUGAGCCUUUUUUAUCAGGGCUGAUCUUCACCGAUCCUGGUAUAGCGUUGUUGGACAUCUUCAUCAGACAGAUUCUCGUAAUCCUGAUCAGAAUGAUGGUUCAAAAUUCCAAGUUGGAUUUGAUCCUGAAGAGCAGUCUGUCUUAUAUGUGCAAGUGGUAUUUUGCGACCAUAAACAUUUUGAUUUUCUUCAACUAGAGCGCCACUGCUGUCGAUUUUUGUAGUAGUGAUAUUUUUAGGUGCAACUUCCUCACCAAUGUAUAUAUCCCCUGACUGUAAUUUUUUCAUUAUAUCCUCUUUUAGUUUUUUUGCAGGUCUUGGUGUUGGUAUUGUUACUUUGGUUGUUUUCAUACUAAUUAUCUUUUUAGCUCUUCUGACACGUUUUUGGUACAUGCUCAGAUGUCCUGCAAAUGAAGUAAUGUCGAUCUUGUUGUAUUUGGCAUAUGCCUGCAAUAUCUGCCCACCAUUUUGUGGAGUUUUGUCGUUUAUUUUUACUUUGAAUAGUCUAGCCAGCUGUGUCCAAUUGAUAUGGGAACCUUUUGGUUUUUCAGUUAUAUACCUCAAAAAUUCUUGUUUGUCAAAGUUGUAACUUUCAAAUUUCCCAUGAUGUUUUUUAGGUUUAUGCUGAUUUUUUGCUGUGGUGGUCUUAAAUGUUCGCUCACUAGCCAUUUGUUUGGAUUCAAAACAAGUAGACAUUCUGUCUCUGUUAUACUGUUUAUAUGACUUCCCAGAAGCCAGGAAACUAUAUACAUCAUUUCCGCUAUCAGUUAUUGAUUGAGCAAAUUUAUUUCGACUUUCAAUGAUAUUUUUGUUAAUUUCUUUUUUCCUAUCCUGCGGUGUUGAUUUGGGAGACAUGCUAACGGAAAUAGAUUGGUCGAAUUUUAUGUUCAUUUUUGUCUCCACAACUGGCUGAAUCAUUUUGACAAAUUUUUUUACUAUGUCAAGUCCCUUUGUUUUACUCCCUUUAGCUGCUUUUGGGGAGGUAAUGUCAAUCAUUGUUUGUGUAGCAUUGCUACAUAAUGCAUUCAAUGCAACUGUUUUUUCUGGUGCAGAUUUGUGUAAUUUAGAAAUGUGACCAUGUAUGGAAUUGCAGGGAUUGCAGUUUUCCAAAGAAUGUUCAUUUCUUUCUUUCCCGGACAGGCUAAUCCAUUUUUUUAAUGAGAAGUACUCUAGAAAUGUCUUUUGUUCCCCAUUUUUGUUUUUUUCAAUCCAAUACUUUUUGUUGGUCAAGUAUUCUUGCAGGCGAGGUAUUUUGAUUUGGAAGGAGUCAUACUUUAUAGACAUUUUUGGAAAGUUUUCCAUGUAUUCUUCAUAAUUAGAAUAGCGCUCUCUUAAACUGAAAUUGUUGCUAAUUUUUGGAGGUUUUGUACAUUCUUUAUUAACUCUCCAUGCUUCAAUUGAUGACAAGUCCUUUGUGUCUCUUGAUAGGAUGACUUUCCCAAAGUUGCAGAAAUUCAUUUUUUCAUUUCAUGACAACUGUUAUCACUGUAUAUAUGUUUUCUCUGAAAUUAUUGCAUUAUGUGUAUACUUGAGUUAAUUUUCAUAUUUGUUCAUAUAUUUUAAGCUUUUCCUAUGUCAGUUUUUUUUU